AUGCUCCACACCUCGACGCUCGCCUGGGCAGCUGUUGCUGCAGCGGUCCUCGGCGUGGAAGCCAGCAGGCCCCCGGAGCCUCUACCUCGACGUCUAUGUCCUACGGCGCGCGAGCAGCCCCGCUUGCCCGUCAAUGUCUACUCCUACGGCGGGGGCAACAUCGGCGGCGCCAUCACCUACCGGCUGUACAACGCCUGUAGCCUCGCCCGCGACGCUAUCGUCGUCACUUUCAACUACCGCCUGGGCGCUCUCGGCUUCCUCGCGCUCGACGCGGCCGGCAUCCGCGGCAACGCCGCCAUCCCCGACCACCUGGUAGCACUGCGCUGGGUCCGGGACAACAUCGCCGCGUUUGGCGACGCGCCCGACCGCUCGGGCGGCGGCAGGGACGUGACGAGCUACGAGAUGGCGCAGAAGGCGGGCGCGGCGUAUGCGGAGUACCUGCACUGCCGGCGCACGAUGUAA